AUGGCAGGGCCGCCGACGGCGAUGGCGACGGCCGCUGCGCCCCAGCAGGGGCUGCAGGGCCCGAUGAACCCGGAAGAUCUGGAGGCGGCGAGGGAUCUGCUCAGCAUCCAGACGGGCGGCAACGGCUGGUUCCUCAUCACGCGGCUGAAAGAGGAGGUCGCCGCGGGCAUGGCGGCAGCCUCCGCCCCGGCCGCCGGCCCCGACGGCGACUCAACCGCAAGCGGGCCCGCAGGAGCGGCGGCGGCGGCCGGCGGCGGGGGCUGGUGGGGCCGGCGCGUGUCGGAGGGCGCGUUCGAGGUGCUUGGGGAGAUGGUUGUGGCGCUGUUCUCGGCGGCGGCGGCGCAGGAGGACUGGCGGGUGGUGUUGGCCGUCCUGCAGGUCUCGUGCUGCGUCAGCUGCACCACGGCCGCCGGCGCGCGCCGCCGCCUGAUCGGCGAGCUCGCGUCCUGCCCGACCCUCUACUGCGAGUGGCUCUGGAGCGGCGCGUUCGCGGCGGCGGUUGCGGCGGCCUACCUCGGCGGCACGAACCGCGCUGACCUGGCGGACGUCGUCGCGGCGACACUCGCCGAGUUUGCGCACGUCAUUGCCGGCGUUGGCGCGAUCCCCGAGGCGCCGCCGGGCGCGCGGGGCGCGGGGCGGCUGCCUACGUCGCCGGCGCCGUCUCCGGGCGGCGGCAACGGCCAGGGCGGCGGCGGCGGCGGCGGCGGGGGCGGAUGCAACCUCAAGGGGGCGGCGUCCGCGGCUCUGAGCGGCAAGCCCGGGGCCGCGGCCGCGGCGGCGGCCGACCGGGGUUUCUUCAUUAAGGCCGGGCAGUCUCCCGGCAGGGGCGCAGCGGCGCCGGCCGCGGCGGCGGCGGCGGCGAUUGGCAGGAAGGGCAGCGGCGGCCGCGCGCCCGCUGCGCCGGCGGCGGGGCCCGCGGGCCUGCUGGCGCCGGGCGCGGUGCAGUUUGAGGCGGCGCACGCGGGGCCGGUGCUGGCGCUGGCGGCGAGCAACGGCGUGGUGGUGUCCACGUCAGCAGACGGCAGCCUCAAGGUACUGCAAACAACGGAGGGCACCAUCCGCCUGUUCGCCUGCCUGUCCCUGUCCCCCGGCGCCUCGGCCGCAAUCGCCGCGCCGCCGCGCGGCCCGCUGGCGGGCAGCUGCCUCGCGCUGGCGCGCAGCGGGGCGUGCGGCGCGGUCGGGAACGUGGACGGCGCCAGCAUCUGGUUGCUCGACAUCCGCGGCGGCGCGCCGGCUGUCGAGCUGGAAGGUCACUCGGCCCCAGUGACCCAGCUGCAGCUGCUGCCCCCGUCCGGCGCCCCCGACGCGGCCGGCCCCGACGCGGCGCUCCUGUCGUGCUCGCUCGAUGGCCGCGUCAUCAUCUGGGAUGCGCGCGCCGGCAGCAGCGCGGGCGGCCUGGCCGCGGCACUCGCUGCGCCCCGCAGCGCGCCCCUGCAGUGCGUGGCCGCGCAGGGCGGCGGCGGGCCGCUCAUCGCAGCGGGGACCCGGGACGGGGCUGUACUCGUUUGGGACGUGCGGCGGCCCGACGCGCCGGCGGCAGAGUGCUGCGGCCAUGGCGACUGGGUGACGCAGCUCGCGUUCGCGCCGCCUGCACUCGUGGGCGCGGGCGACCUGAGCAGCUGCCUAUGGGAGGGGGCCGCGCUCCUCGGCUGCUCCAACGGCGGCGCGCCGCCGGUGCCCGCGGCGCGGCUGCGCGGCCGGCGCGCGUUUGUCGCGGGCGGCGCGAUGGCGUACGACCCAGCGUCGCGGCUGGUCGUGGCGGGCGGCAGGGACGGGACGGUCACGGCCUGGCACGCGGCGGCGGCGGACGGCGACGGCGGCGCUUGA